UGUACUGCAGACACCUAGUUAGCGUGGUACUGGAAGACAACAAAAGUAUGAAUACGGUGGACAGUAAAAACUAAUUUAGAUUCCAUACUCAUCGACAUGGAUGACGAUAUGAAUAACCACAUCAUAACACCUGGUCCAUAUAGAGCCACUAAAUUGUGGAAUGAAGUGACCAAGCUCUUCCGUGCGGGUAUGCCUCUACGGAAGCAUCGACUGCACUUCAGGGUUUACGGGAGCUGUUUCACCGCGGGUGCAGCGGUGGACUGGUUGCAUGCACUCCUGAGAAAUAAUAACAAUUUUGGACCCGAGGUCACCAGGCAACAAACAGUGCAGUUACUGAAAAAGUUUCUCAAGAACCACGUCAUCGAGGAUGUAAAAGCCAGAUGGGGCACUGAGGAUUUUGAAGACAAUGCUCAACUGUACAGAUUUCCUUCAACGUCUCCUUUGAAGCCAAUCCCAAAUUACCCACCAACCUUGAGAAAGAAGUCUGGGUCACUGAAAGAAAAAGAAGGCUUUUUCAAAUUCAGGCAUUCAAAAAAAUUUGACAAGGAAACUCUGGAGAAUAUUGAUCCAGAAAACCUGGAGCCAUCCUCAGGAUCGGUGCCUCAGGAGACUGUUCAUCGCAGAGAGAUGACCGCCGAGGACACUCAGGAAGUUUGGAGAAACAUAACUUUAACACAUUUGCAGAAGAUUUUGGGACUGGCCUCACUUGAAGGUGUCUUGGAUCCGAGCCAAGUCAACUCGGAGCAUAUUGUUUACAACAUGACCCAUGUGAACAAGCACGGAGUGGUUAAUCUGGAAGAUAAAACAGAUGACCUCCCACACUGGGUUCUGUCAGCCAUGAAGUGCUUGGCAAACUGGCCCAAGUAUGAUUCCAGCCAGCCAUCUUACCCAGGUUUUGAGAGGGAUGUGUUUAAAACCGUCUCUGACUACUUCUGCAGUCUGCCAGAACCUCUCCUCACAUUUCAGUACUAUGACUUGUUUGUCAAUGUCUUGGUUUUGUGCGGCUACUUUUCUGGUCCCAAAGCGCACAGAGGCAAGCGUAAAAACCCAGAGGCGCCUCGCUGCCCCCAGCCUUCCAAAGCGCCCCACCUGACCGGCGUCAACUUCUUCAAGUCCACCGAGUGCCUGCUGCUCAGCCUCAUCCGCAGGGACGCCCAAGAGGAGGAGGAGGAGGAGGCGUACGACGAGUCUCCCAUGAGGGAGGUGUUCAGCUCUAAAGUGGAGCUCCGGACGGCUCCGCGGAGGGGCGCGUGUGCGGGGAAGGUUCUGGCGGCUCGCCGGGCCAGUGCCGCGGACCUGCUCGGCGGGAGCUGCUUGGACCUUCCGGGCCGUGGUCCUGCUGCCGCCGCUCUGGGCCCCGGCGCCGCCAAACGCAGGCCUCAGAGCUUCUCUCUGGACACGAGCGCCGGAGGAGGGGUGGCAGCCGUGAACAACGACGACGCACACGGGCAGAGGCGCUCGCAGCGCGUCGUCUUCAGGUCGGAGGAGAACCUGCUGUCCACUACCAGCAGGUUUAGCCGUUUCGACCACAGCAGUACUACUCCACCAGACCUCCUCAGGGUUGACCACAAGGUGUCCGCCUCCAUGACCAGCCUCUCCUGCAGCAACAGGAGCCCUGCGAUCACCGUCACGGACACGGACACGGACUCCGAGCUGUCCAGCCUCCAGAGCGCCCGCAGCAGCGGCAGCAGCAGGUGCUCGUCCGUCAGCGACCACCCCUCGGUCAGCGCGGCUCCGCUCUCUCGGCGGGCGCGGCCCCGGAGCGUGGGAAACCUGCUGGACAUCGUGGAGCACAGCGAGAUGUCGGCCAGCUGCUACAGCAUCAACGCGCCGGUGGCGGAGAUCACCAUGAGGCCGGACUUCACCUCCACCGUGGACCUGCGGGAGCCCCGGCCCGCCCUCAGGCCGGCGCUCAGGGGCAGCAGCGUGGACGUCCGGCCCGCCUACUGUCUGAACCGGCGCUGCCGGAGCUCGGUGGACCUGUUCCGGUCCACUGCCGGAGCUGCGAGCGCUACUACUACUGCCGCCGCCGCCACCGCCGCUGCUGCUGUGUCCGCCUCUGGUGCUGCUAGCGUGUCCUCUGUGUCCACUCACCCCCGCCGCCUGAGUCCUGACCAAACCCUGCUGCAGCCGCAGCUGGAGCGUGUGGCGAUCGAGGCCCUGCAGCUGUGUACGCUGCUGCUGCCCCCCUCCAGCCGGCGCAAGCUGCAGCUGCUCAUGCGCAUGGUGUCCCGCAUGAGCCAGAACGUGGACAUGCCGCGCAUGCACCACGCCAUCGGCACCCGCACCCUGAUGGUGCACACCUUCUCCCAGUGUGUGCUGAGCUGCCAGGAGGCGGAGGAUCUGGACGAGCUGCUGGCCAGCCGGCUGCUCUCCUUCCUGAUCGACCACCACCAGCAGAUCCUGCAGGUGCCCCUCUACCUGCACAACGCUGCCCAGGACCACAUCGCCUACCUCAAGAAAGUCCAGAUCAUGUGUCCAGGCACGGGGCCGCCCAUGCCGGCCUUCUCCUUCUGCAGGCUGAUCAGCACGCAGGAGUUUGAGGAGCAGAAGCUGUCCGUGUCCCAGGCGGCCAUCGCCGACCUGCUCGAGAGUCUCCUCAAGGACAAAGCCAUGAGCGUCAAGGAGAAGAAGAAGAAGCUCAAACUGUUCCAAAAGGAGUAUCCAGACAUCUAUGCGCGCCGGUUCCCCACGACCGAAAGUGAAGCUCAGCUGUUUGCAGACAAACCAAAGAUCAAGCCACCGAUGCUCGUCAGCAUCAAGAAGACCAAGACGUUCAGUAUUCGCUAAUGAUUGGACUUGUUUUUCAGCUCUAGAUUUACCAAUGACGUCAUGGCUUAAUGCUCUGUUAGAUCUUUUAAUUGAAGUUUUUAAUCCGUGUUCAUCUGACCAAUUUUGUUUUAGCGUGUGUUUUUACCCGUGGUUUUGUGUGUGUGUUUCCGUUGUUUUGGAAGUCUUUUCUCAAUGGUUAUUUAUUUGUGAUGCGUUGUUUACAGUUGUUUACAGAAUAUGUGUUUUGGCCUUUCUUGCAUUUCUAUCAACUAUGCAGGAUAUUGGCUCGAUAUCCAGUCUUUGUUUUUUUUCUUUUCAUUGAGUCUCUCUCUCUCACUCUCUCUCACUCUCUCUCUCUCUCUCUCUCUCUCUCUCUCUCUCUCCUGCCCUCUCUCUCACUCUCUCAGUGUCUGUAUAUCUCUAUGAGUCUCAGACUCCGUGCCAGUACUAUAACAUAUGACUGACCCCUCGCUCAGUACUGGUGCUCUGCAGCGAUAACAUUUGUCAUAUAUGUUGUUUUUUUUGCAUGUGGCACAAAGUUUGAAAGCUAAUUUAUUAUUUCUGGUGUUUCAUUGAAACUGUCUGUCAGCAUAACUUAAAGGCUGUCUGUUCUGUCUUCAUCUGUUCUGUCAUCAUGCUUCUCUCUGUAAUCUGCACAGUGCAUGAAUAAUAUUGUUCCAAAACAUCUAUUAUAUAGACAAAUGGGACUGAAGGGAAACUAUUGCACUAUUUUGUAUAAUCUUUUACUGUAAGAUUGUUGUUCAUCUGGCUGAAAUUAUAAUAUAUCUUAUUCUCUCAACAUUGGGAUUUAGACCUAACCAUAGAAUCUGAAGUAGACUGGUAUGAUAUUGGGAUAUAGCUUUUUUUCUUGUUGUUCGGUUUAAACCACUGUAGACGGCAUGAUCUGUCUGACAUACAGUUUUUUGUGAACUAUUCUAUUGAUCCAAAGUGUAAACCUCCAAAUUGCACAGUAGAAACAUUUCCCUCUUGGCUUUAGCGCUGUGUUUUUAAAUGUACGGUACCUGUUUAAUCUCCAGAUAUACUGUUGACCAUAUGUAAUGUUUUUAGUGCUAUCUUCCUGUCUGUAUUUAAACUGAAUGAAUAUUACUAUGCAAUAAAAA